AUAAAGAUUAAAAUGGAUUUCCGCUCAUCAGUUUUACCCCUGUACUACGUCUCUAAACUAUUAGGUUUAGCUCCAUUUUUGUUCAACAAAAAUGUUUCUGUGAACAGAGAACAAAAAACCUCAAAACUGUUGUCACCGUCAGUGAUCUGGAGUUUAUUCAUCUUUCUCAGUCACUUUACAGCUUUCUUGUCUAUAAUGAUAUGGAGCAUUCUUUACGAUUACAGAGAAUACAAGUUGAAUGUCACGGUACCAGACGCUUUGACGAUAUUCUUAAUGUACGGGACCUGUUUCGCUUCUCUCCUUAUUGGAGCUGUACUCAGCAGAAACAGAGUGGAAACAGUUAUGACAAAUUUUACUGCUAUAGAUCAGAUUCUCUUGCAAGAAAACCGUGAUGGUAUCUACAGAAAAACACGACUAAUUUUAUUGAUACAACUGUCUGUACUUGUAGCUUUUCUCGUUGGAUUUUACUGUUAUCAUGUGUACGUAUGGGCAUACGGCACAUCUUAUAUUUAUCUUAUUAGUAAGGACAUCACAAAUUUCUCCAACACUAUUAUGAUUAUCCAGUAUAUAAAUAUUAUGCAAAUACUGAGACACAGAUUUCGAAUUCUGAACGAACACCUUUCAUCGAGCUGUGGCAGUAAAUCUCUUGAAUCUCAUUACAGUUUAAUAAAGCACCAAAAUGUCAUAAAUCGUCCAAAUUUCAGGACGAUACAAAUUGAAAACGUGGCGAAUAAUUCAACAGAAACACCAAUAUCUCACAGCUACUAUCUGUCCGAGCUUCCCAUGACAACAAACAAUCAACGACCGGAGGAAGUGUUACAGAUUCAUACACUCAGACAAGCCUACAGUGAUUUAUAUGAUGUUACAGAACUAAUUAAUAAAAUUUACGGCUACCAAAUUCUUUUGGAAGUAGGCUAUGAUUUUGUUUCAUUAGUUUCAUACUUAUAUUAUGCUCUGGAGACACUGAAUGUAAAGAUGACUGUGGACCAUAAUCAGAGAGGAGAAGAGUCAUUUAUUUUGGAGGUCGUGUCAAGUUUGUGUUGGGUCACACAGAAUCUGGUUAGAGUACUCUGCAUUACUGGGUCUUGUUUUGCGGCCACUGAAGAGGCACGUAGAACUAGCACUGUGGUUCACAAGUUACUUCUACGUCAGUCACUGAAAGGCGACACUUCGGCAGAACUUCAGCUGUUCUCGAUGCAACUUCUGAGCAAUAAAGUUCAGUUCACCGCUGGCGGAUUUUUUUCAGUCAAUUUAUCGCUUGUGUACAGCAUGGUGGGAGUUGCCACAACCUACAUUAUAAUUCUGCUUCAGUUUAAGUAA